AUGUUAUAAGAUGCUCAAAGUCAACUUAAUAUGAUGUAAGAAGAAAUCAAUUUGAUAUUUACAAAUGUAAAAGAUGUCAUCAAAAGUCUUUCAGACUACUUCUCAUCUGGUGAUAUGAGUUUUCAAAAUUUUCUUAAUAAAAAUGAAAAAUUUAUGAAAUUCUCUACAACAGAAUUAAAUUUCUAAAAAGAUUUUUUAGAAAGAAAUAAGUUUGUUGAAUAGACUAAAAGUAAAGAAAUACUUGCUUCUUUAAUCGAAAAAGCAGGAAUAAUUUUUUCAAAAAUUAUUUAAAAUGCAUAUAAAGCCAAUUAUCUAAUUGAAUAAAUUCAAGAAUAUUAGUAUCAAAUUAUAAUAUAUAAAGCAUCAAUGAAAAAAUAGAAGAAAAUAUAGAAGUUAGUGAAGGAUUAUUGGGUUAUAGAAAUAGAUUAAUAAAAAAACAAUUUAACCUUUUGACAUAAAAAAAUGGAGAUUAAGUUUUCAUAAAGGAUGGGCAAAUUCUUGGGAUGUAAACCUUAUUUUUUUUAAAUAAAUAGAUUACAAAAGAAUAUGGGAUCAGUAACUGGAUAAGUUAGAUAUAACUUAGAAAAAAUCAAAUAUUUAUAAUUCUAAGGAUAAUUUGGUAUUAAGGGGUAUCGAAUUAAAUAAUGGAUAUAUUAUUGGAAAGGAUUAUAAGUGGGAGGUGGUUAUUAUAAUUUACUAGGAUAAAAGGAAGGGGAAUGGGUUGAUUUAACCAACAAUUAUUGGGAGUAUGUAUUCAAGAAACUAAUUUACUAGUUUUAGGAAAAUUGUUGAAAAGGGAUCUUACAAAUAGGGUAAAAGAGUUGGAGUAUGGUAUAUUCAUAUGAAUAACUAAGUAAUGUAUAUUAUUUUUAAUACUUAUUUAGGAUAGGUGGAUCAUAUGAUGAAAAAGGUAAUGGUUUAAAAAAUGGGAAAUGGACUGAUAUUGCAGACGGAUAUUAGCAAUAUCAAGAACUUACCUAUAAUGGAGAAUAUUUAAAUGGUAAAAAAAUUGGUAAAUGGGUUAUUAAGUUUAGGGAUUAAACUAUGUAAUUAUUUAAAAUUUAUUAAAAAUAAUAGCGGUGGAGGCUCAUAUGAUGAUAAAAAUAAAGGAAUAAAGACAGGUAAAUGGAUUGAAAUUAGUGAUAAUUUUAAUAAUUUAACUUAAAUACUAUAUAAUGGAGAGUAUAUCAAUGGUAUAAAGGUUGAUCGAUGGGAUAGUUUUAUUAAUGGCUAAUUUAAGGAUUAGAAAUAAUACAAAUUGUAAAUAUAAAUAAUAAGAAAAUAUAAUUUCAGCGGUGGUGGAUCAUACGAUAAUAAAUGCUGGGGAUUGAAGACUGGUUACUGGGUGGAGAAAUUGGAUGGAUAUUCUCUAUAUGAUAAUCUAAUUUCUAAUGGAUAAUACAAAAUUGGUAAAAAGUUUGGAAAAUGGGAAAUUAGGCUUAAGAAUGAAGUGAUGUAAUGAUAUAAAAAAUUUUUAGAGGAGGUGGAUUUUAUGAUAGUAGAAAUUUUGGAAUUAAGGUUGGCAACUGGGUUGAAACGAACAAUUAAUAUUCACACAUAUCUGAAAUCACUUAUUUGGGUGAAUAUUGGAAUGGUCGAAAAGUUGGUAGAUGGAAAACAAAUUACUAGAAGAAUUAAGUGUAAUUUGAAAAAAAAAAUGUUAAAUUAUUAUAGUGGAGGUGGCUCAUUUGACUAAGGAGGCAAUGAGGUCAAAAUAGGAAAAUGGAUCGAAAUUCAUGAUGGGUAUCGAUGGGAUUCUUAUGUAACAUCAAAUGGUGAAUACAAAAAUGGGAAAAAAUUUGGUUUUUGGGAUAUUAAAUUUAUGAAUAAAUCAAUGUAAUAUGUCAUAUACUGAAAAAUAUAUUUUAGUGGAGGGGGUUUAUAUCAUGAAGGAAUUAAAAAUGGAAUGUGGGUUGAUAUUGUUGAAAGGUUUUGCGAUGAUUUACAAAUUACCUAUAGUGGAAUGUACAAAUAAGAUAGAAAAGUUGGAAAAUGGGAUACUAAAUUUAGAAACUAUUAUCUUUAUCCAUUUCAAUUGAUGUAAUUUGAUUUCAGUUUAUCAUACCUAUAGUGGAACUGGAUAAUAUGAUGAAGAGGGUAAAGGUAUGAAAAUUGGAAACUGGGUUGAGAUUAGCGACAAUUAUGAACGAGGAUAGGAAGUAAUUUAUUCUGGCAAAUAUGAAAAUGGGAAAAAAGUAGGGAAUUGGGAUAUUCUAUUUCAUCAGUUUGAAACAAUGAAGAUGUAACUAUCUAUUGAUAUAUUUUAACUUAUUAUUAGCGGGGGUGGAAGGUAUGAUGAAGGAGGUAAUGGAAUAAAGAUUGGGAAUUGGAUUGAUAUUAGUGAUACAUAUGGAACAGGAUAUAAUAAAUCUCAAGUGAUCUAUCAUGGAGAAUAUUCGAAUGGUAAAAAAGUUGGUAGAUGGGAUAUUAAGUACAGGAAAUAUAAUAAUGAUUCUUUUUUAACUAUGUAUUAAUUUUAGAAAAUCAUUUAAUUAUAUUUAGGGGUGGCGGAUGUUAUGAUGAAGAAGGCCAAGGAUUAAAGAAUGGCUUUUGGAUUGAAAUUAAUGAUGGAUUUUAAGAUGGUAACUAGAUAACUUUUAAUGGUGAAUAUAUAUAAGGUAAAAAAGUUGGUAGAUGGGAUAUUAAGUUCAGUAAAUAUAUAAGUGCACCAUUCUUGUUGAUGUAAUUAAAUACUGAUUAACUUAUUUUAGAGGAGGGGGAUCUUAUGAUGAAGAAGGUCGUGGACUUAAAAUUGGUAAAUGGAUUGAUAUCUAAAAGGGAAUUUCAAUUUACAAUGAAGUUAUUUUUGAAGGUGUUUAUAAAAAUGGUAUUAAAAUUGGUCGAUGGCUGGAAAUAAGUUUAAUAGAUAAUGAGAUUUUAUCCGAUAUUUAAUAUGAUAAUUGA